GGUCACAGGGAUGGGGGGUCGGGGUCACGGGGAGGAGCUAAGGGAAAGGAGCAGGGGUCAAAGGGCAGGGCUUGGGGCAGGAGGUCCAGUGGGGAAGGGGUCAAAGGGCAGGGUUCACAGGGCAUGGACAUGGAAGUAGUGAUGGCAGGGGGGGUCAGAGGUCAACGAGCAGGGCCAGCGAUGGGGGUUGGGGGCACUGUGCAGAAGGGGGCUGGAGGGGCCCAGCCUGACCCCACGGUGACCCCGUGUCCCCAGGGGACCUGCUGGCGGAGCCAUUGGCCAUGGUGGACGGCUACAACUCCUACUUCAGCUUCUGCCGCACCCGGAGCGGCUACUCAGGUAACGGGGGAGGGCUUGGGACCCAGGCGUCCGGGCUCCCAGCCCCUCCCCAAGCCGGGGCUAGCACCGGACUCCUGGGUUCUCUCUCGCUCUUUCUCCCCACAACCAGGUGUGGCGACCUUCUGUAAGGACAGUGCCACCCCGCUGGCGGCGGAGGAGGGGCUCUCCGGGCUCCUGGCCCGGCCCGGGGAGGGUGGCGCCGUGGGGUGUUAUGGAGACCUAGGGGCCUUCACACCCCAGGAGCUGAAGGCGCUGGACAGUGAGGGGCGCGCGGUGAUCACCCACCACCGCAUACGGACAUCGGCACAGCAGGAGACCACCCUGACGGUGAUCAAUGUGUACUGCCCACGGGCCGACCCCCAGCGCCCCGAGCGCGCUGCCUACCAGGCAUCCUUCUACCAGCUGCUGCAGGGCCGAGCCGAGGCGCUGCUAAGAGACGGGGGCCACGUUGUGAUCUUGGGGGACAUCAACACGUCGCAUCGGCCCAUCGACCACUGUGAGCCAGGGGACCUGGAGGCGUUCCAGGAGCACCCAGGCCGGCGCUGGCUGGACGGGUUCCUGUGGGCGCCAGAUGGGCCCCCCGGGCAGGGGCUCUUUGUCGACACCUUCCGCCUCCUGCACCCCAGCCAGCCCUACGCCUUCACCUGCUGGCGCAUUGACACCGGCGCCCGUCUCACCAACCACGGCACGCGGCUAGACUACGUCCUGGCCGACCGGGCACUGGCGCUGGCCGAGCUGCGAGAUGCCCGCAUCCUGCCUGAGGUGCCUGGCUCUGACCACUGCCCUGUGCUGGCUGAGCUGGCGGCCACCUUCCUGCCAGCGCCCCACUGCCCCCCGCUCUGCACCCGCCACAUGCCCGAAUUCGCCGGCACCCAGCAGAAGCUCAGCCGCUUCCUGGUCAGGGUGGAGCCAGGAGCAGGGGCUGCGGGAGUCCACAGGACAUGUCGGGGGGCAGGGGUGGGACGAGGGUGCUCCGCACGGAGGGGGCGACGCCUGCCCAGGGGACAAGGGGACCUUCUGAGGUAUUUCAGAGCUGCACAGGGCCAGCUGGGGACAGGCAUGGGCCAGAAUGGACAAGAGUUGGACCAGAAUGCCUCAGGGCACGGGACACAGGAACUGGCCCAGGAUGCGCUGGGGCAGAGAGGACAAGAAGCAGCCCACAGUGCACCAGGGCAGGGCAGACAAUUGGAGCUGACAAUGGGGCAGGCAGCAGGCACCCAGCUGAGCAGCACGGCCCACUGGCGCAUGGUGCUGUGUGGCCCCACUCUCCCACCCUGUUGCCCAGGCCACAGGGAGCCAUGUGCCCUGCGAACCGUCCGCAAACCCGGCCCCAACCGCGGGCGGCGUUUCUACAUCUGUGCCCGGCCCCCAGGGCGCCGCAGUGACCCCCGUGCCCGCUGUGACUUCUUCCGCUGGGCUGGCAAGGGGCGCUCAUGAAGCAGCUCUUCUGGGGCUUCGCUCCCCAGCCCCAUAGGACAGGUGCAGGGCAUUGUGGGUCUGUUCCCCCACCUCACCCUUCAAUUCUUUUUGUAACUCAGGUUUUGUACAAAAGGGAAAAUUCUGUCUGUUUUUAUAAAUAAAGAUGCUUUGUGGAAGCUGG